AUGGGAAUGGGAAUGAUUGCUGUUUGGGUUUCAGCUUUGCUAUGUGGUGUUUCUGUGCUUUGUUCUUGUGGGAUUGUAAAUGGGUAUGUUCAAUACAAUACUGGAAGUGGCAUUGUUGGAGGAAAAUUGAAUGUCCAUUUGGUUCCCCAUUCGCACGAUGAUGUGGGUUGGUUGAAGACGGUUGAUCAGUAUUAUGUUGGAUCAAAUAACAGUAUUCAGGGUGCAUGUGUUGAGAAUGUGCUGGACUCGGUUGUUAUGUCAUUGGGCCGUGACCCGAAUAAGAAAUUUGUGUUUGCUGAAAUGGUAAACUAUAAAUAUUGUCAGAUUUUAAUCAUGUAA